AUGGGUUCGCCCGUUCCCAUUCUCCUAUCUCUAUUUUCUUUGGUGUACUGCUGUGCCCCACCCGGCUUCGUUCAGAGCAGUGACCCAGCUCAAGUUGGAGCUCGAUGCUCAGAUCUAAUUCUUUAUCCCGUAUCAGCCGUUGAUCAAAGUGACCAGUACAGAUUCGACUACAGCGACGUUUCAUUUGGUAAUACACAUGCUCAAGGAGCUACAGUCGCUAUAACAUGUUCAACUGGAGGACAACCUGCGACAGUAGAAGGAUACGAUCAACAAAGGGCAUCAAUCUCGGCUGCACCAAGUCUACUAGCCACUUGUACUAAUGUCGGUGGAAGUCAAUACACUUGGACGAUAUUGGGCAGAAUUCUCCAGUUCGUCGAUUGCAGGUUUUGA